CUCAUCGUCUUACCCAUUUCCUGCGUGCUUCCUGCUUGCUCUUGAUACCCCUCCAGUCCCUCUUCGCACCAACACCUCCGCCGUCGUCCUUCGCACUUCGAUACCUUCACAAUGGCCUACUCCGCCACCUACAAGCCCCGGCCCAAGACCGAUGUCUUCACCGCCGACACCGACAUCAACCGCCGCAACUGCACCCGCUCCGUGCCCAUGAAGGUGCUCAUCCUGGGCGUGGGCCGGACCGGCACUGCGUCCAUGCGUGCCGCCAUGAAGCAGCUCGGCUACGUCGACACCUACCACAUGAUGAACUGCUCCAUCGAGAACCCCCCCGAUGCCCUCAUGUGGAUGGACGCCCUGACGGCCAAGUACGACAAGAAGGGCAAGCCCUUUACCCGCGAGGACUGGGACCAGCUCCUCGGAGGCUCGCAGGCCGUCUGUGACUGGCCCGCCAUUGCCUUCGCCAAGGAGCUCAUCGAGGCCUACCCCGAAGCCAAGGUCGUCCUCACCAACCGCGACGUCGACUCGUGGCACGCCUCGACCAUGAAGACGGUCUACUGGCGCGUCACCGACCACGAGCUGCGCUGGCUCUCCAACUUCGACUGGGCCGCUGGCAUGUACUACCCCAUGCUCAAGAAGUUCUUCGACACCUUCUUCGAGGGCGACUUCCCCAACCGCGGCAAGGACGUCUUCAAGCGCCACUACGCCGAGAUCCGCGCGCUGGUCCCCAAGGACAACCUGCUCGAGUACCGCGUCCAGGACGGCUGGGAGCCCCUGUGCAACUUCCUUGGCGAUGCCGUCCCCAAGGGCUGCUCGUUCCCCAACGUCAACGACAACUCCGACUUCGUGAGCCGCUCGCGCCGCCGCAACCGCAACCAGAUGUACAACGUCGCUCUCCGCUACGUCCUCACCUUGAUCAUCACCAUCCUGUCGGCCUACGCUGUCUCCAGCCUGCUUGGCUUCAUUUAAUUUCGUCGCGGGGCGGCCUGUGACGUAUCCACACCAUACACGUGCGUUUUCCUGGGAAACAUGACAAGGGUGUGGAUCGUCGACUGGCGCGAUGGCCAGUGGAGAAAAA